AGAGCACAUGCUGACCCACUCCGUCUCCUCUGCCUCGGAUCUUCCUCACAGACAUCAGACACGCUCACCUCUAACUUGGAUCUGCCUCAUUUCAGAUUCAGGGUGUCUUAAUAAGUAUGCAGAGGAGGCUGUGUGAUGUGAGGGGAGGCACGAUGCCAGGCCAAAAAUAGCUCCCUCUUGAACAGGUGCGAAGGCGCUUGAGAUUCCACCGUGAACACAGUCUCUUCCGAGGCGUCCCUUGCCAUGUAAAUCCCAGCCCCGCCCGUUUGCACCGUGUGCAAACCUGAGCAACUUUUCUCUCGGAGUUUCGCCUUCUUCCUCCAUACAAGGGGCUCUGGCCCAGCCUGCCAAGGCAGACGGAAAAAUUGGGACCUGGCAUGGAGCGCAUGCCGAAUAGAUGUUACCGGCCAGCCUGCCGCUCCUCCUGCUAUGAUGCCUGGGCAGAUCCCCGACCCUUCUGUGACCGCAGGCUCUCUGCCAGGGCUCGGCCCCCUCACCGGACUCCCCAGCUCGGCUUUGACUGCAGAGGAGCUGAAGUACGCCGACAUCCGCAACAUCGGGGCCAUGAUCGCGCCCUUGCACUUCCUGGAGGUGAAACUGGGCAAGAGGCCCCAACCGGUAAAAAGUGAGCUAGACGAGGAAGAGGAGCGACGGAAAAGGCGUCGGGAGAAGAACAAAGUCGCAGCAGCCCGAUGCCGCAACAAGAAGAAGGAGCGUACGGAGUUCCUGCAGCGGGAGUCCGAACGGCUGGAGCUCAUGAACGCGGAGCUGAAGACGCAGAUCGAGGAGCUGAAGCAGGAGCGGCAGCAGCUCAUCCUCAUGCUGAACCGCCACCGCCCCACCUGCAUCGUCAGGACCGACAGCGUCAAGACGCCCGAGUCCGAAGGCCACCCGCUGCUGGAGCAGCUGGAGAAGAAGUGACCCUGGGCCUGGCAGAGGAGGAGGAGGAAGGGGAGGAGGAGGAGGAGAGACGGAGGAGGAGGGGGCUCCCAGACGGCCUUUCCUUGGUGCAUGACAAACUCUACACUGAGGCUCAGCACGGCGGCCUCGGGCGGGCUCUGGCGUGGAACUCGGAUCAGCCACACGCGAGGAAGAUCCGGCUGAGGGAACCCAGAGGGACCAAGCGCUGAGACCAAAGCUGAACUGCGGGUGGGGCUGACCUGCCUGGGGCGCGGCCCGAGGGAGGCAGGACGAGGCACCCGCAUCAGAGAAAUGCCCAGCCGGCAGCCUCGGGCGCGUCUCCAGCUUCUCUGCCAGCGCCACCCACCCGAGGGACCACCGAGCAGCCAGGAAAAGCCAUGAGUUGUAACCAAAAUGGAGCUGAGGAUGGAACUCAGCGCAAACCUGCAAUCGCCUGCCCCUAGCCCUCCCCCGACCCUGGUACAGAGGUGGAGAGGGGCGGGCGAUGUCCCUGCCCGGGAGGUGGCAGCCGGGUGACCCUCGCGGGCCUGCUGGAGGUUGCCGUGGGCACUGAGGCGCGGGCGCCCUUCCAAAGCACACACUCACUGAAUGUUUACAGACUGGCUGUCCUGGCAGGGCUUUCCACUGCACACGGUUUUUAUACUUUCUUUUUCUUUUUUUUUUUUUAAAUAUUUUUUACAAAAAAAAAAAAAGAUUUUAUACAAGCAAUAUAUAUAUGGAUUUCUAUAAUCACUCGAUGUGAUACAGUAUAAAUAUGCUAUGGUUUGUUUGUUAUGGACAGAUAUCCACCCAUUAUGGCCGUUGUGUGUAACUCCUAAGUACUGUAGUCUCUGGGUGUCGGGGGUGGCUGGGGCGGGCUGGGGUACCUUUCCCUCCUUGUAAACCCUUCCUAGUACGCAGUCCUGUAUUGCUCAGUAAAACAUUGCUCUUACUUA